AUGACACUAAUCAAUACAGCAUCUGCAUCUUCCUACAAGAUUAAUAAUUAUCACACAUUCUCUAUGGUGGAAUUCUCGCCACCACCAAAAAACAGUAAUGGCGUAGAAGAAACAAUGAAAAGAAGAAGAGGAAGACCAAAGAAAGGGGAUUCGUCCAAUAAUUAUUCUUCUAAUAGAAUGAUAGUGACCAAGACUGAGACUCUUGAAAAGUGGAAGGUCUGCAACAAGAAGGGAAUAACAAAGAAACCUCCAAAACGAAAAAAAGAAAAGAAACUAUUAGAAACUAAACCUGAAACAUGGCAAACUAAUCAAAAUAGCUCGCAAUUAAUGAAUAAGUCAAAUUUUAAUAGAAACAUUACACGAGUAGUCAGAACUUCAAUAUCAAUAAAAGAAUUAUUAAACUGA